GAGGGGAGGCGGCGGUGGUUGCUCUCAAUACAGCGGAGUCCAGCGAGCGGAGCGGGAGAGCGGCCACGAGCGCGCAGCCGGGGUUCGGACUGCAGGGAGCGGCGCCCGCCAUGGGGUCCUCGGAAUCACGAUGAGGACCUAAGACACCUGCCUGUUGACUGUCCUCUUGGCCUGCAGUGACCAUGGCCCCCCGCAAGAGGAGCCGCCAUGGCCUGGGCUUCUUAUGCUGCUUUGGGGGCAGUGACCUUCCUGAGAUCAACCUUCGGGACAACCACCCUCUGCAGUAUAUGGAGUUCUCUAGUCCUAUCCCAAACCCAGAGGAGCUUAAUGUCCGCUUUGCAGAGCUGGUGGAUGAAUUGGAUCUCACUGACAAAAACCGAGAAGCUGUGUUUGCACUGCCUCCUGAGAAGAAAUGGCAGAUCUACUGCAGCAAAAAGAAGGAGCAGGAAGACCCCAACAAGCUGGCGACCAGCUGGCCUGAUUAUUAUAUUGGCCGCAUCAACUCCAUGGCUGCGAUGCAGAGUCUGUACGCAUUUGAUGAUGAGGAGACUGAGAUGAGGAACCAAGUUGUGGAAGACCUGAAGACAGCUCUCCGGACACAGCCCAUGAGGUUUGUGACUCGCUUCAUUGAGCUGGAUGGUUUGACUUGUCUGCUGAAUUUCCUCCGGAGCAUGGACCACGCCACCUGUGAGAGCCGCAUCCACACUUCCCUCAUAGGCUGCAUCAAGGCUCUGAUGAACAACUCCCAGGGGCGGGCUCAUGUGCUGGCACAGCCCGAGGCCAUCAGCACCAUCGCACAGAGCCUGCGCACUGAGAACAGCAAGACCAAGGUGGCUGUGCUAGAGAUCCUUGGUGCUGUCUGCCUCGUGCCUGGUGGCCACAAAAAGGUGCUGCAGGCCAUGCUACACUACCAGGUGUAUGCAGCUGAGAGGACGCGCUUCCAGACACUGCUGAAUGAGCUGGACCGAAGUUUGGGCCGGUACCGGGAUGAAGUAAAUCUGAAAACAGCCAUCAUGUCCUUUAUCAAUGCUGUCCUCAAUGCUGGAGCUGGAGAGGAUAAUCUGGAAUUCCGCCUACAUCUACGAUAUGAGUUCCUGAUGCUGGGGAUACAGCCUGUGAUUGACAAACUCCGGCAGCACGAGAAUGCCAUCCUGGACAAGCAUUUAGACUUCUUUGAGAUGGUCCGGAAUGAGGAUGACCUGGAGCUAGCCAGGAGGUUUGACAUGGUCCACAUUGACACCAAGAGUGCUUCCCAGAUGUUUGAGCUGAUCCACAAGAAGCUGAAGCACACUGAAGCCUACCCCUGCCUGCUGUCUGUCCUGCACCACUGCCUACAAAUGCCCUAUAAGCGGAACGGUGGCUACUUCCAGCAGUGGCAGCUUCUGGACCGCAUCAUCCAGCAGAUUGUCCUCCAGGAUGAGAGGGGCAUGGACCCUGACCUGGCUCCCUUGGAGAACUUCAAUGUCAAGAACAUUGUCAACAUGCUCAUCAAUGAGAAUGAAGUGAAACAGUGGCGAGACCAGGCAGAGAAGUUCCGGAAAGAACACACGGAGCUGGUGAGCAGGCUGGAGAGGAAGGAGCGAGAAUGUGAGACAAAGACGUUGGAGAAGGAAGAAAUGAUGCGGACGCUGAACAAGAUGAAGGACAAGCUGGCCCGAGAAUCCCAAGAGCUACGCCAGGCUCGGGGACAAGUGGCUGAGCUGGUAGCUCAACUCAGUGAAAUCUCAACAGGACUUGUUUCUUCCCCACCUCCCCCUGGUGGCCCACUCACCUUGUCUUCCUCGAUGACAACCAAUGACCUGCCUCCACCCGCACCCCCUCUACCAUUCGCCUGCUGCCCCCCACCGCCACCGCCACCCCUCCCACCCGGUGGGCCUCCCACUCCCCCUGGAGCCCCACCUUGCUUCAGCAUGGGCCUGCCCCUCCCUCCAGAUCCCUUCCCCAGCAGUGAUAUCCCACUCAGGAAGAAGUGUGUCCCUCAACCUUCCCACCCACUGAAGUCCUUCAACUGGGUCAAGCUGAAUGAGGAACGUGUCCCUGGUACCGUAUGGAAUGAGAUUGAUGACAUGCAGGUAUUUCGGAUUCUGGACCUAGAGGACUUUGAAAAAAUGUUUUCAGCUUAUCAGAGGCACCAGGAGCUGAUAACUAAUCCUUCUCAGCAGAAGGAGUUGGGCUCCACCGAGGACAUCUACCUGGCCUCCCGCAAAGUCAAAGAGCUGUCAGUCAUUGAUGGCCGGAGGGCUCAGAACUGCAUCAUCCUUCUCUCUAAGUUGAAACUCUCUAACGAGGAGAUCCGGCAGGCCAUCUUGAAGAUGGAUGAGCAGGAAGACCUUGCUAAGGACAUGCUGGAACAGCUCCUCAAGUUCAUUCCGGAGAAGAGUGACAUUGACCUCCUCGAGGAACACAAGCAUGAGAUUGAGCGGAUGGCCCGUGCUGACCGCUUCCUCUAUGAAAUGAGCAGGAUCGACCACUACCAGCAGCGACUGCAGGCUCUCUUCUUCAAGAAGAAGUUCCAGGAGCGGCUAGCUGAGGCCAAGCCCAAAGUUGAAGCCAUCCUGCUGGCCUCCCGGGAGCUAAUCCGCAGCAAGCGUCUAAGGCAGAUGCUGGAGGUCGUCCUGGCCAUCGGUAACUUCAUGAACAAAGGACAGCGUGGGGGCGCCUACGGGUUCCGGGUGGCCAGUCUCAACAAGAUUGCCGACACCAAGUCCAGCAUUGACAGAAACAUCUCUCUGCUCCAUUACCUGAUCAUGAUUCUGGAGAAGCAUUACCCCGACAUUCUGACAAUGCCCUCGGAGCUGCAGCAUCUUCCAGAAGCCGCCAAAGUCAACCUGGCAGAGCUGGAGAAAGAAGUGGGCAACCUCAGGAGGGGCCUCAGAGCGGUCGAGGUGGAGCUGGAGUAUCAGAAACACCAGAUGCGGGAACCAAAUGACAAGUUUGUCCCAGUCAUGAGUGACUUCAUCACGGUUUCCAGUUUUAGCUUCUCUGAGCUGGAGGACCAGCUUAGUGAGGCCAGGGACAAGUUCUCCAAGGCCCUGAUGUACUUUGGAGAGCAGGACAGCAAGAUGCAGCCAGAUGAAUUCUUCGGCAUCUUUGACACCUUCCUGCAGGCCUUCUCAGAGGCCCGGCAGGACCUGGAGACCAUGAGGAGGAAGAAGGAAGAGGAGGAGCGGCGAGCACGCAUGGAAACUAUGCUGAAGGAGCAGAGAGAACGGGAGCGGUGGCAGCGGCAGCGGAAGGUCCAUGCAGGCGGCACGCUGGAGGAGGGAGGCGAGUUUGACGACCUGGUGUCGGCUCUGCGCUCGGGGGAGGUUUUCGACAAGGACUUAUGCAAGCUCAAGCGCAGCCGCAAGCGGUCAGGGAGCCAGGCCCUGGAAGUCACCCGGGAGCGGGCAAUCAACAGGCUAAAUUAUUGACCUGUGGACUGGCCACAGCAGGCCAGGAGACAGGGAUGGACUGAGAGGGGCUGAGUGGAGGAGGUGGUGAUACUUAAACAAUUUGGUGCUCGGUUUAGAGCCCUGGGCUGGGUCCUGGGGUGAGGGCUGUGUGGCAGGACCAGGUGUCUCCCCACGCUUGCCCCAGGGGGCUCCUGUCAUCUCCUCUUCCCAUUAUUCUUCCUGCUUCCCGGCCCCCAGAGAUCAUUCUCUGAGGCUGAGUUGGACAUCCCUGGCAGACCCGGCUGAAGGGGCCCUACUCCUCACUCCCAGCAUGGAUACCCACAUGUCGGCACAGAACUGCUUCAGAUCCAGACUGAACAGGUCCAUGGACCUUGUCCAGACUUCAUGUGCAGUGAGGAGUAACUGUGGGGUGGGCCCCUGAGAGCCAGGGUGAGAGAAUCCAGGCUCCCGUCCCUCAAGAGGCAGCUUAAUGGAACAUUGAUCUGGGGCAUACUUUCCUCUUGAAUAGAAAAGGAAGAGGCAUUAUCUAUUCUAGCUAGAUAUGUUCCAGAAAAAAAAAAAAUGCUGGGAGGAUGACACAGGGACCAAGUCAUCGGG